GCCACCUCAGGUUUCAAGCCUCAGCAGCAGUUUGAUGUCGGACGCUGUUGCGGCAGCAUCGAGACUCGCGCGCCGAUCGGAACCUUUGGCGUCUCUUUUAAAGCUGCGCAGGACUCGCAGCCACAUCGUUUUUCAGGAAUAAUUUUCCCCGAUUUUCGUACCGGUUUCCGGCAGGUUCCUGCAGUUCGACCGAUUAUCAUCCCGUUUCGCAGACUCGUCAAACCGGUAAAAAAAAAAGUCAUGCGUAAUCCUUGCGCGACCAGGACUCGGCAGGCAAUGACGAUCAGCGGUGCUUACAAGCUUUGGAUAAUCGCGUUUUAGUGCAAGGUGGAAAAUGUGCGGUGGAAAAAAUCUAUUAUUGUAGCAUUUAACUAGGUUUGAAUAAUCUAAACUUUGGUGUGUGCGAUCGUUGUGAUUUGGCGGUCAAACUACAACCGUUUCGAAAAACCGAACGAUGAUCGUAAUUCGGCAGUAAAGAGAGCUUCUCGCAGUGCGUCGACUACUCUGUGCAACGAUUAUUCAAUAUACGUACGGUCGCAACAGUGUCUUCUUACAAAUUAUUUACCGCCUAUUUACAAUUGUUCGUUUGCCGAAACACAAUUUCAUUUGUUUAAAUCGAGAAUCAUCAUCGAUCGUUCCGUGAGGUUUCAAUCGUGAGUGAGUCAGGAUUUUAACACAGGUAGUACGCGUAUCGUUGUCAGUGAUAACAAACGAAUCGUCAUUUGGAUGAAUCAUACUUUGGCUGGCUGAAAUUAAGCGCAAAAAAUGAAGAUCGAUUUCACGCCUCUGACAACUGGUUCGACCAAAGCCAUGACCAUCCUGCUAUCCAACGGAAUCUUCUCGCUGAUUCUGUGCAUGGCAGCUGCUCCAGCUGACGUAAUGGUGCUCGGCAAGCCGAGCUUCAUCUCAGACCAAGGCCAGUUCGUUCGUAAAUGUAUUUACUCCAAAUGGUAUUCGAAGCUGCAGGUCAAUUGCAGCAGGAGAGAUUUCGAGAACAUUCCAGAGAAACUGAACACCAAAGUCGAGAUAAUGGUGAUGUCCUCCAACCGGCUGAGAGAAGAAUUACCGCCUCAUACCUUCGCCCCGUAUACAAGACUGGUGUCCCUCUUCCUCAAUGACAAUUUUUUGAGCGAUAUCAACAACACUAUCGAGGACCUCCAGUAUCUUCAAGUCCUCGACAUAUCUGACAACGGUUUUUACGUCCUACCGUCGACCCUCUUCCAGCUUCCGUAUCUCCGUACGCUGUACCUGUCGCACAACUUCCUCACGGACGGAACAUUCAAGCUGGAAGUAACUGCGCCAAUCGAACAUCUUGAGAUCGGGCGGAACAAGUUGACGAAAAUACCGUCGAUCGGACCUCAGCCGUCGCUGACUAAACUGAACCUAUCGACUAACAACAUUGAUCGGCUAUCGGUGGACGAUGUGGCUCCGUUCUGCAAAUUAGAAAUCUUGGAUAUCACCAACAAUCCCAUAUCGUUAGGGGACUCGAGUUGCGAUUGUCACCAGUUCAUGAAGUGGGUGAAAAUACGUAACAUAACGCUUGUAUCGAAUAUUGCCUGUAAACGCGAGACCCUCGAUUCUUGCAGCGCAACGAGUUUCACAAACGAGACGAUGGCGUUGUACAACGAAUGCUUAGGAGCGAUCGAGAUCGCCAAAGCUCAAGCCAAGGCGAAGGCGACCUGGAUAACAGCGGGAAGCUGCAUCCUCGCCUUUCUGGUUUGCGUCAUAAUCGGUCUUUACUGUGUCCAUAAGAGGAAUAAGAAGCGGGAAAAGAAAAAGAAGAAGGCGCAAACAUUGGCCGCAAAUAACGCGAACACGGAACUGCUCAACGGCAAUUUGCCUGAGCCAGUCUAGGAGGCGGUCCUCGAGUGAAAAUGUGCCUGAGCUUCGCUUCAAUGGCGGAUAAAUCGCCGGUGAUAAGGAACACGCGUGGUCUUGAACGACCAGACGUGAG